GCCUGACCGCAGCAGGCGCCGGUGAAAGACGCAAAUUCUCAACCAAGGCAUGUAAUCACCGCCCUGUGAUAGCAGAUCCGAGCAACCUAGGCAUUUGGAACUAUUCAAUGAUCAUUGUGUUUGUUUGAACGGAUCCACGGCGUGACCGCGGCCAGAUGACUAGACCAAUGGCAAUUGCAUUAAUGCUUUUACUAGAACGCUCUCACGUCGCGGUAUACCAUCCGAGCUUUUAGCGCCUGUCGCACAGCAGCCCAGUUGCACUGCCUUCCUGGCCUUUAUAAGACCUCGAGAUUGUUACUUCUCGGUAAACCAUAUACCAUCACCACAGAUGUUAUUCACCCAGUCGAAUGCGCAACGCAAGUUCAUGGAUCUCAUAUUCGAGAGAACCACGAAGUAUCCGAACUGGGACCCACCCGCAGAGAUUACAGUUGGGUCAUUCGGAAAGAUCGAUAAAGUCACGGGCAAUUUUAUCCCCAAAGGUUCCAUCUACUCCAACGAUUUCCAAACGCUUCUCCGCCGUGUAGGCAUCGACCCCGAGUCUGAAGGUGUGCCUGGGAUUGCUACAGCUACUAUCAAAGGAACAUGGCAGUUCAGAAGGGGAACCACUGGCGCUCUCUUGAUCAUGAAUAAACCUCGGAUAAAAACCAUCACUCCAGACGUUCUUGGGAAGCUCUCCAGCAUUGAGUUCCUCAAGUCAGUUCAUCUCGUUACCAAGGUUUUUUAUUGUCCUGCCUACACCUUGUACCUCUCAGAUAAAAGCGGAGAAAAUAUCAACAUUGCUCUGUUAUCUUCCGUCCCCGUUGUAGCGCCCCUGGGCACUGUUGGUGCGACGGCCGGGGUGAAAUGGUGGAGUGACGCACAAGCUGGAUUGACACGCAGUGGGAGCAUGCCGGACCAUUGCUUCACUCCUUUGUAUGAACUUAAGCAUCCCAGGUAUUCCCGCGCUAGUAGGCGGUCAUCAAUAUCCCCCGAACGCACAGGCGAAGAUUUAUGGGUUACCCCACACCUCCCGUGGGCGUCUCUUGAUGAGGAUGGUCAAGAGCCGCCGGUGUUCAUCGACAAUAAUCCGGAUUCCAGUGACUCUGAGGAUUGGUAACAAUGCCUAGAUACCAACUCGUUUUCUAUGCUACAGAUAUUGACAUGUUUGUGCUGGUAUUCAUGAUGAGCUUGCAUGAUAUAUCUGUAGCACCAACAACAAGCGUUGUAGCUGACUCUCAUUCGCAUCACACACGAUACCUUGGAAUACUCACGAUAUCAAAUCAAGAAAGAGACAGGGAAUUUCUAUAUUUA